GAACCGUUGAUGCUGAGGCAGAGAGAAAUCUGCACGCGGUGAACUCCAGUUCAGAUAACUAUUACAUCUAAAGGUGUGUGAAACCGCCAAGGUUGGAAGCGCAAUGGCCUCCUCUGGAGACAUUCAGGUUAAAGAACUGGACAAGCGCGCCUCGGGACAGGCUUUCGAGGUUAUCCUGAGUCCCACGGCCCCAGAUGCCAAGGGAGAAUUCCCACUUUCCACACCCAAGAAGAAGGAGGUUUCUUUGGACGAGAUCCAGAAAAAAUUGGAUGCAGCAGAGGAGAGACGCAAGAACCAUGAGGCAGAGGUCCUGAAGCACUUAGCUGAGAAACGAGAGCACGAGAAGGAGGUCCUUCAGAAAGCAAUGGAGGAGAACAACAACUUUAGCAAGAUGGCAGAGGAAAAACUUAACCAGAAAAUGGAAGCCAACAAAGAAAACCGCACAGCACGCAUGGCAGCUAUGAACGAGAAAUUUAAAGAGAAAGACAAGAAGCUUGAAGAGGUACGAAAGAACAAAGAAACUAAAGAUGGGGCAGAGGGUGAAAACUAAGUUUCUGCUUUCAUUUUCCUUUUUAUUUAGGGUAUAGUGUUGGUUUUUUUAAUGUAUCCAAAGAUUUAUUUUUUGUUCCAUUAAAUGGCCAAUUUUCCGUGAUUGGAUUCAUGUACUUGCCACUUUUUUAUUACGGGGUUUUGGGGAAAAGCUGGUGCACAACAUUCUCUUCAUCACUUUGUGUGUAUUCAGUACUGUCUUUCAUCCCCUCUAACCUGUAGAUUUGUCCAGUUGCAGCUAUUAGCAUUUCAAAUGAGCAGUGUUUUACUGAUAGGGAAGCAUGCCUGUGUUAUGCAUAGGUAUAGUAUAUACUUGGUGUAUUGCAUUGUGCAAGUCCACCUUUUCCCUUGUAUGCCAAAACUGCAGUCCUUUGAGCUUAAUAAAGUUGCACAGUUGUUUGUUAUUGUAACAGUUUUGCCACUGCCUCUUUGUUGAAUAGUCAGCCAGUCAGGGUGUAAUAUGGAGUAAACUUGUACACUACGGAGAUAAAAGGCAGUUUAUUCUAUAUGGACAUAUAGGUUUUGCCUAAUAAUCAGAGCUCUUAAAUCUUUUUGGACACUUUUUGAUAGACUCUCCAAGAGAUUUGUAGUGUUAACAUUAAACAUUUUCACAUCCACAAACAUUUUACUUUACUAGAUCAUAAUCAGAGUGAUUUAAAUUGAACAUGCACCAGUGAAACUAAACUUAUUCAUUGUGCUCUUGUGCAUAAAGUGCAAAAGUGUGAGUAUUUAAAAACUUUUAGAUUUGUAUCCAAACACUCAUACUGUAAGUGAUCUACUGUGUUUGCAUUACAGGUGCACUGAGCAAUAUCAAUAAUAAAAUUAGUUGGUUAGGGCUGUAUAUGAACUAUACAAGCAUCCAGUGUUUUUCAGUUUGUCAGAUAGGAGAAAGGCUUUUUUGUAUGUCUCAAAAUGAUUUUAGAAAGAUAAUGAAAACAAUUAUCUAUCUUUUGGUGCCCGAACAGAGUUAGAUUCAUGAACAUUUAUGGCAGUUGUAAAACAGCUUUGCAAUCCACCGUGAUGAAUGGCUUGUUGUCCACUUGCUGUCACAUUAUUGUGUGUUCAGAAACAGUGCAUCCAUCUUUUCUAAGAUGAAUUAUGUCUUAUUUCCAAAUUCCUCCCUCCUUUGGUAGACGCAAUUACAUGCAUCCAAAAAUAGACCAUGUCCAGUAAUAUACUGUGUGAUGUUUUUUUAAGUGAAUAAAAUAAAAAUGAAAUCAUGUGCA